GCGAUGUAAUGUGCGUAUGCGAGCAAAAACCUCUUAGUUGUCAAAAUUUGUUUAGAUAAAAAUUAAUAUUAAAGUAUUUAUACAUAAUCUCAUUAAACCGAGAUAACUAACGAGAUCUACAUGAGUAAUUAUAAAGUGUUUUUGUAGAAUUUGAAGAAUUAAUGUCCUGACAUGAAACGUUCAAACUUAAAAGAAAAUCUGACGCAAAUUCAACGAUAGUACAAUCGAACGGAGUUAGAUCAAUUUUGCAAUUGCUUGUAAUUAGGCUGUAAUUACCACAACAUGAAACGUUGCAGGAAAUAAAACUGAAACAAUUUUCCCUUGCUACGAUCGAUUGAUUAUUAGUGAGUCAUGUCGGAGCUUAAAUUCGAUACGCCUGCCGAAGAUGAUAUGGCCACUAGAGUUUUCUGGGAGAUUCUCUCACCUCUCGGAUACAUUCCUCAACCCGUAAAGGAAGCGCUUAGGUCGACAGGAUUCGACAACCUGCUCUCGCUGUCGGCCAUGCGAGAAUCCGAUCUGGCGGAUAUUACAACUCAGCACAAGCUUCCAAUGGGUCAUCGGCGGUUGAUAAAGGUACUUUCGGAGCGUAUCAACCAAAUUGGAAUAGAUGACCUGACCGCAAAAUUACUGCGAAAGCUGGAUCGACAAGCUACAACCAUAGUAAAAGUCUCCAAACCAACGCCCCCCAAUCCAACGAGCAGCGAUUCUCGAGGGGAUGAAACGCCGCCGUCUCGAUCGGUUCCAUCGGGAGAAGCACUGGUGGAAAUUUAUCGCACCAAGUUACAGCAAAACAUUCUUUCGUGGCUCACUACGCAUGGUGAGGUGGGAUCGAAGGAAAUAGAGCUACAGGAUAUCAACAUCAAUGUCUCAACGCAGGACGGCAAACUACAAGGCUCAGUAAUUUGUCCUUUUUGUCGGAUGGAAAUCAAGAUCUAUAUUCGGGCUCCAGACGCUGAUAGCAGUGGAGCGAUUGCCAAUUCCAACUACAUUAAACACUAUAACCGGAUGCACCGAAAGGUACCAUUACCUCCGAAGUCACCAGCUGCCAACAGUUGGCCAUCUCCGUUUGGUCACGGUACACCACCACCGGGUACGAUGAUAGCACUGGAGCAGCAUCAGCAAGCGUUAGUGCAGCUGCACGCAGAACAGCAAGCAGCAGCAUAUGCUGCAGCCACAGCAGCUGCCGCUAGUGCCAGUGGCGGCGGCAGUGGUAGUGCCAGUGCUAGCGGUGGUGGUUCCAGUGGACAACUGCCGAAUCCGGCUGCCAUGUACGAACUACUAUUCAAACAAGAGUCCAACAGUUGGGAUGAAUAGUAGAAAUAGGUGGGUCGCGCUGGGACUAGGCGUGCGACUGAUAAUAUCCUGAUUAAUAGGGAUUUGAUAUCCUCGCUAGGGUUUUAUUUGUAGAGCAUUAGUACGUAUUAGCUAUGUGACUCGUAUACUGAAAGUAUACAUAAGUUUGUAACAAUUAUUCACAUAACUAUUAAUCAAUAUUGAUUGUUUAUAUUACGCGCAAAUACAAUAGAAACAAACAAAUGUUUUUAUGUGAAAGCGUUUGAUACACGUUUAUGACAAGCCUGAACUCAGACGAAUUAGUUGAAGGGUGAGAGAUGUUGAAUUAUCACCGUGGAACUAACAAAUUCAAUUUUAAUACUGUAAGUGCAAAAGGAUUGUCAGAAUGGUUCAAUAAUGGUUGUAAAAAGGCUUAUUGUAUUAAUAAAACA